CAACCUGCGAUUUGCAACAAUUGUAAAUAAUUAUUUCAAUGUUUAGAUUAUGUGAGUGAAUUGAUUGAAAAAUGAAAUAUAAUGUCUAUUUAACAACACGUUCUGCAAAUUUACAGAAUGGUGUAUUUAAACAAAUUUUUCGACCGUAUGCUUCAGCCGGCUUAGGGCUUUGGGAUAAACUUAUUGACACAGAUAUUAAACACAAAAUAGAAGAUUAUUGGAAAGAAAAAGUAGGAACUCUACAGAAAAAUCAGGAUGAAAAGGAAAAGGAAAAAUUUUAUGUGCUCUCAAUGUUUCCAUAUCCAUCGGGUUCCCUUCACAUGGGGCAUGUUCGAGUUUAUGCCAUCAGUGAUUCUGUCGCUCGUUUUUAUAGAAUGAAAGGAAAACGCGUAAUCCAUCCAAUGGGCUGGGACGCUUUCGGUUUACCUGCUGAGAAUGCAGCCUUGGAAAGACAAAUUGAUCCUGCAGAGUGGACAAUUCAAAAUAUCCAAUCAAUGCGAGAACAAUUAAACAAGCUCGGUUGUUUGUUCGACUGGGAUAGAGAAUUCGCAACUUGCGAUCCAGAAUACUACAAAUGGACGCAAGACCUCUUUAUUAAAUUAUUUGAGAAGCAACUUGUUUAUCAAAGCGAAUCUUACGUCAACUGGGAUCCAGUGGAUCAAACUGUUCUAGCUGAUGAGCAAGUUGAUGAGCACAAUCGUUCUUGGAGAUCCGGGGCGAAAAUUGAGAAAAAACUACUGAGACAGUGGUUUAUCAAAACAACUGCAUUUGCAAAACAAUUAUUAGAUGGAUUAAACGAUCCCAUCUUAAAAGAAUGGAGAGACGUUAUCAAAAUUCAAGAACACUGGAUUGGGGAAUGCAAUGGUACAAAUAUAAAUUUCAAAUUGAUCUCGGAUGUUGAAGAAUAUCCAAAAAUCUUGACUCUUUGGACUGACAAACCUGAAUACAUUGAAGAUGCGAAAUUUCUCGCGAUUUCGAAUAACAACCUAUUAUGUAAACAAGCAGGAUUCGAUACAAUUGAUGGUUUCAAAAUUUUGAACGCUAAAGUUCUGAAUCCUUUCACAAAUGAAGAACUGCCAGUAUUUAUUACGGAUUUGAUAGAGUUUUCCUCGUUUAGAGAGGAUCACAUAGGAAUUCCUUCAAGCUCAGAAAAAGACGCCGAAUUUUGUAAGAUUGUUGGAAUUGAAUACGAGCCUGGAAAAGUUCUUUCGAACGAGGAAAGGGAAUCUAAAAGAUCACAUAUAAUGAACGAAGCUAGAAAGCUAAACAUCGGAGGAUAUCCUGUAGGCUCGAAAAUAAAGGACUGGCUAAUUUCUAGGCAACGAUAUUGGGGAACACCUAUUCCAAUAAUUCAUUGCGAUUCUUGUGGUCCUCGUCCUGUUCCUAGAGAAGAGCUUCCUGUUGUUUUACCUAAAUUGCAUCGCUCAUCAAAGGAUACGAAAGCUUCAUUACUGGAAGCGACUGAGUGGCUGAAAACUUCCUGUCCUGAUUGUGGAAAAGAGGCCGUGAGAGAAGCCGAUACGAUGGAUACUUUCGUGGACAGUUCCUGGUAUUUUAUGAGAUUCAUAGAUCCGAAAAAUCAGAAGGAAAUGUUCUCUCGAGAAAAGGCGAAGGAGAAUUUGCCGGUAGAUCUUUACAUCGGUGGAAAAGAACACGCUGCAUUGCAUUUAUAUUACGCUCGUUUCGUGAGUCACUUUCUUCAUUCUGAGGGUCUAGUUCCAACCCGAGAGCCAUUUAAGCAGCUUUUAGUUCAGGGAAUGGUGAAAGGAAUGUCUUUUAGGUCUAAGGAAUGUGGAAAAUAUCUGAAACCAGCGGAGGUUGAAAAGGAUGGUAAAGACUACGUCGAAAAGGAAACAAAACUGCCGGUCACGACUAAGUGGGAGAAAAUGUCCAAAUCUAAAUACAAUGGUGUUGAUCCUUCCGAAAUGAUCUCGGAAUAUAGUGCGGAUACUAUAAAAUUAUUAAUACUUGGUGAUGUUGCACCAACGUCUCACAGAAAUUGGUCCAAGGAAACAUUUCCUGGCAUUCUAAACUGGCAACAUAGGUUGUGGCUGUUAGUCAAAGAUUUUAUAACAGUGCGGAAUUUAUUAACUGAAGAAGAAUUAAAAACGAAACCCGAGGGAAAAAAAUUCAAGGAAGAAGAUGACUACUUGUUUGAUAGUAGAAAUUAUUACAUCAAGGGUGUUACUUUCAAUAUUGUUGGCUCCCAACAACUCAGUGUUGCUAUGUCAAAAAUGCAAGGACUUACAAAUAGCUUGCGCAAAUCGUCCAAAUUAUGUGUGGGCAGAAGUCCUGAAUUUGAAAGAGCAUUAGCUACUCAAAUAACCAUGUUAGCUCCACUAGCUCCACAUUUCGCCUCAGAAUUAUGGGCAGGAUUCUGCUCUGCUCCACAUCGAGCCUCAAACGAUCAAAAUAUACAUUGGGACAAGGAUGUGCUGGAACAAAGCUGGCCAGAGAUUGACAUGAAUUACAAAAUGCGAUUACGUGUUUACGUGAAUAACACUGAUCUCAAGUUCUUGGGAGUUCCUCGACAAGAAUUGGAAAGCAUGUCUGAUGAACAAGCCCUCGAAUUUGCAAUGAAGGAUCCAAAAGUUGGAAGUUUCUUGAAAGGCUGGAAGGUUGUUGACGUCAAACUCCACGCGGAGCGAGGCUGCGAUGGAUAUAUGCGAAUUACUACACGGAAAGAUAAUCAACAAAUUUCACAAGAAAGUGCAGUAUCAUCCAAUUAAUCAUAUGAUUAUGAUUAAAUAUCUUUGUAAAUAUUUUUUGGACGUAAUUCUUUUUCAAAGUUUUUUAAAAUUAAUUUUCUACAUCUUUUUAAUUUUGUUUCAUCAAAUGUAACCUUACAUGAAAUUUAUAUCUUCUUUGUCAUAAAUUUAUCGUUUAAGAAUUGAAUACAUUUUAAGCUCAUUCAGUUAUAAAGUUAUACAUAUUUAAAAACAUAAAGGCUAUACCUUUUCUAAAAAUGUUAUGGAAAUACAGCAUAUUUAUUAUCCUGAAUGCAGACUUCGCAAACCAAAAUAUUCUUAAACCAGGAGAAAUAGAUUAAUUUUUCAGUAAAAUAUAAGGCAUAGAAGGGAAUAAAUUCGUUUUUAUAAAAUUAAUAUAGGUACCGUAUUCCUAAGACUUCCAGACGAAAUACAUUGCAUUUUCAACUAACUUUGCCUCUUAAAUCCAAAAAGAGGAUUUUUAAACAAAAAAGUGAAAUUUCAAUGAAGAAAGAU